AUGGGGACAGCGGGGAUCGGCCGUGGGGACACCGGGGACCGGCCGGGGUCACUGCAGAGGGUGACAGUAGGGGGUCCGCUGCUGCGGGCGGCCGCGCUGCCCGCCGAGGGCGGCCCGGCCUGGCUGCCCACGCACGUCCAGGUGACGGUGGUGCGGGCCCGCGGGCUGCGCUGCAAGGGCGGCGGCAAAGGCAAAGCGGGCGGCAGCGACGCGUACACCGUGAUCCAGCUGGGCCGCGAGAAGUACAGCACGUCGGUGGCCGAGAAGAGCGGCGGCAGCCCCGAGUGGCGGGAGGAGUGCGCCUUCGAGCUGCCCGCCGAGCCCGGGGCCUGCGCCCAGCUGCUGCUCACCGUGAUGCACCGGGCGCUCGUGGGCAUGGACCGCUUCCUGGGCCAGGCCCUGGUGCCGCUGGAGCCCGCCCGCCUGCGCGGCCGCGAGCCCGACCAGCGGUGGCACAAGCUGCACUCCAAGGCUGGGAAGAAGGAGAAGGAGCGAGGUGAGAUCCUGGUGAGCAUCCAGUUCACACGGAACAGCCUGACUGCCAGCAUGUUCGACCUGUCCGUGAAGGACAAGGCGCGCUCGCCCUUCGGGAAGCUGAAGGACAAGGUGACAGGCAAGAAGAAGUACGACCUGGAGUCGGCCUCUGCCAUCAUCCCCAGCAGCAUGGGAGCCCUGGACGUGGAGGACGACUUGGAGCUCGGGGGCAAGAGGUCCAAACUGAAGGGCUUCUUCCUGAAGAACAAGCUGCGCAAGUCGUCCCUGACGCAGUCCAGCACGUCCCUGGGCUCCGACAGCACCAUCUCCUCUGCCAGCCUGAGCCUGGCAGCCACCGUGCCCGAGGUGGCCAAAUCCCCCAGCAGACACGGCAGCCUGACCACGGAGUGCUCUGGGAAGGAGCUGCCGGCCUCGCCGAAGCCGAGCCACAAGAGAGCGUUCAGCGACGAUGUGUGCCAGCUGAGCGCCGGGCCCGAGCCCCCGCCGAGCCCCCGGGGGAGGCAGGAGCCCCCCUCCCGCUCGUCCCUGUGCAUCAACGGCAGCCACGUGUACGGGGAGGAGGCAGCCCCCCUGCCGCCCGCCUCUGCCCCGCUGCCCGUGCCCCGCAGGCACGACGAGCCCCCCGAGCUGCCCUGGGUGCUGGACAGGGCUCAGCAGCGGGACGAGCCCAGGUUCAUCCCGUCCCCGCCCAGCCUGGCCCUGCAGGAAGAGCUCAAGGUGUCCACCAAGGCCGUGACCCUCAGCAACCACCUGGGCAGGGCCAGGAUGGAGGAGAGCAGCCGGCUGGAGGGCAGGCCCAGCCCGGCCGCGCCUGCCCCGGCCUUCCCCAAGGACACGGCGCCCGAGGACGCCAGGAAGGAGGACAAGAAGGCCAAGGGAGGCUUCUUCCACCACGGGGGCAAGGGCCAGGGGGACAGAGGGACCCCCGUCCACGCCUCGGCCGCGGGGGAUGAGAGGAGUAAGAGCAGCGGCUGGUUUGGCUCCAAGGAGCCCAAGGAGUCCCCUCAGAAACCCAGUUUCCCGCCUGGGCCGCGUGCUGCGCCAGAGGUCGCUGGGAGCUUUUGUUCCUCUGAGGAUUGCAGUCCCUCUGCCUCCCCAAGGCAGGCUGACCCCGAGGGGGAGUCUCCAGCCCAGAGCGUUGGUGUCCCCGUGCCAGAAACCACUCCCCCAGCACCGGGAGAGCUCCCUCCUGCCGACAGCGACCCCGCCGUCCCCCCGCUGCCCUCGGAGUGGGACGAUACCUUUGAUGCCUUUGCCACCAGCAGGCUCAAACCAGAGCGCAAGAAGGAGAACUUCUUUGCCUCGGUGGCGGCAGAGGGCAUGGCUUUCAUCGAUGACCCCGACAGAGCCAGCCCGACGGAGAGCUCAGCGGGGCCGCCCUGCCGGAAGGGCUCCAAAGUGUUUGAAAACGCCCCUGAAAUCCCUGCAGCUCUCCGCUCUUGGACAAAUUUCUCCACUUUAGACGUGGGGGCCAACCUGGUGAGCACCACCCAGGAGGCCACGGUGAUCGAGGACGUGCUGAGCCCCGUGUCUGCAGGGUCCAUGGCCAGGAGGAGGAAAAGCAGCACGCCCACGGUCUGGACAGCCGCGUUCGCCUCGGGCAACCCCGGGGACAGAGAGGCCUCAGCAGCACGGAGCACCGACAGCAGCGCUAGGGAGGAAGGGGACAGCGGCGAGGAGGAGCCCAGCAGCACGGGGACGAACGGCUGGAUGACCAUAGCCACGGAAAGCGCCGCCGAGCCCUCGGAGAGCGCCAGGCAGCGCGCGGCUCCCCAGGGCCCCUUCGGCCCGCGCCCGCCCUUCCUGGGCGAGGGCACCUUCGAAGGGCAGAGCUCCUCCCGUGCCGCCAGCUGUGUGCUCCCCAGGAGCUCCUUCCCCCCCGAGGCCCUGCCCGGCGGCGCCGUGGCGGCCGUGCCCCCGCGGGUGCUGGGGGACGUGGCGGGGCAGAGGUUCCCCGAGGAGCCCGGGGGCGGCCGGGAGGACACCCUGGACAUCCGCAGCUCGGUGUUCCGCCUGCAGGCCAGCAUGCGCCUGGAGGCCAGCGACGGCCUCCUCAAGUUCAGCUCCGACAUCCGCGAGAGGCACGUGGUGCUGGCCCCGUGGGCAGCGCCCCAGGGCUGCCAGGAGCCACCGCCCGGCCUGGCCCUGCCGCCCCCCAAACCCCCCCGGCGCUUCGCAGCCGUGGGGGACGGCGAGGAGGAGGAGGAGGAGAAGGAGCCUGGUGGCACCCAGCAAGGCAAACAGGAGCCAUGGGGAGACUCGGAGGGCCCAAGAGCAGAGAUGGAGUUGGCAGGGAGCCGUGGGAGCGGCGAGCCCUCCGUGCCAGCUCCUCCCAGCCUGCCCACACCGGGAGAGGAUGCCGCUGAGGCCGGGAGCGAGAUCCCAGCGUCUGAGGGUGCCAGAGCUGCUGCUGUGGACUCAGGAGCUGGCUUGGGGACAGGGGACACCCCUGUGGGGGAGCAGCCAUCAGAGAUGAAUGACACAGAUGUGGCCGAGCAGUUUGAGACUUGCACAUCCAAGUUCUCCCUGGAUGGACUGGACCAGUCGGGUGCUGAGGAGAGCUGGAGCCAGCCCCGUUUAUCCCCUCAGGGGGCCACAGACACUGCCAAGUGGGAAACAGCCUCCAAGCAGGAGCUGUUCCCUGAGGAGCUCAGUAUUUCAGGACUAAGCCCACCUUCCAAGCUAGACCUGGGCCAGCCGAGCAGCUGGGCAGCUCUGGAAGAGCAGGAGGCAGCUGGGCAUCCACACCCGCAGCCCCAAAGGUCAGAAUGCAGGCAGAGUCCAUCCCAGCUGGAGCUGGCGUGCCCGGAUGGUGAGGGGCGAGCAGGAGAGCAGCCCGAGCCCCGUGCCCCUCCCGAGGAGACAGAGCAGGGCAGGACCCCCACCAGCGAGCAGCCCCAGGGGCACUGGGCAGAGAGCAGGGUAGACUUCAAGAAAGCCGAUUUCUGGAAGCCAGAUAGGGCAGAGAGGCACACACAGGGAGCUUCAGCCCUGAGAAACCCCUUCACCCUGGCGCUGAGCCCGAACUCCCCGAGCAACCCCUUCGUGGAGAAGCCCCCAGCCCCUGUCCCUGUGCAAGCCGUGCUGCCCGAAAAGCUCGAGCAGGGCGACUUCAGCUUCCGCAGCCCACGGGAGGAGCCCCCCGGGCACGGCUUGCAGCCCACUAACGCUACCCCCCUGCAUGUCAGCCAGCCCCUGGCCUCCUCCACCCCUUUCCUCGUGGCUGCCACUAACCCCGAGCCGUGUGGCCCCCCCCGGCCCCCCGCGGGGGUCCCCGCCAGCCGCGCCGCCGCCCGCCCGCGCCCGCAGCCCGCGGAAGCUUCGGCGCUCCUGGUUCUGCCCAGGGAGACACGGCCGGCUGAGGAGCCCCGUGGCCAGCAGAGCACCAGCCCCCACCCCGUGAAGCCCCUGAGUGCUGUGCAGGAGGGCUCCAGCGAGAGGAAGCAGCAGCACAGGGCCAGCCUGAGCUCGGCGCUGAGCAAUGGCCUGGAGAGGCUGAGGACAGUGACCACGAGCAGCGUCCAGCCCCUGGCGCCCUCCCAGCCGGACAAAACCGAGCCCAAGCUGAAGCAGGACCCAGCCCAGCUGGACCAGUCGGCCAAGUAUUACCACCUGACCCACGACGAGCUGAUCCAGCUGCUGCUGCAGAAGGAGGGCGAGCUGAGCAAGAAGGAGGAGCACAUCCAGGAGCUGGAGAACUACAUUGACCAGCUGCUGGUGCGCAUCAUGGAGCAGUCCCCCACGCUGCUGCAGAUCCCCCUGGGCGGGGGCCAGGCCCCGUGAGCCCGCCCGGGGCAGCAGCACCCAGCAGAGCUGUGCCCCCCGAGCACGCUGCCAUCGCCCCCCAGCCCUCCUGCCCCCGAGGCCUGCAGUGGCUGCUGUCCCCAGAGUUAGCAGGGAGGGUCACCUGCUCCUGUCCAGCCCAAGCUUAGCCCAGCUCGGCUCCAGGGAGCUGUAGGGUGGUGGGAGCACCCUAUGGGGAGGAGCAGAGCCCUCCCCACGAGGCAGUUCCAUUGCUGUGACCGAGUGCCACCUCCCGGGCACUCCUCCUGCCAGAGCUUUAACUGACCCCUGGACAUCCAAGAGCUGGAAACCAUCUCCUCGUGACUUCAUCCUGCUGCUGCUCCUCUGCCCACACUCCUCCUCUCUGCCCUGAGGGUGUCCCCUGGCUGCUGGGUGGUGUUGGGCUGGCAGUGACACUGGGGACACUGAGUCCCAGUGAGGCUCCCCCAGCACGUUCCUGGCCAGAGCCUGUGGGACGCCCCUUCCCUCCCACCCCAGUUACCCCCAGUGGAGGGUGAAGAGCCAGCUCCAGUUUGUGCCACUCCCUCACCACGCCUGUGGGAGAUGCUCCACAAAGGGACAGCGUCGGGCCUGGGGUGGUGUCAGAGCCUGGCUGGGCCAUGCUGGCUCUGUCACAGCACCAGUGCCAGGGUGACACUGCCUGCACUGGGAAUAUGGCAAAGGGAACACGGGCUGGUGUCCCAGCAGUGCUGCAGGAGAUCCUCUGCACGCCCCACCCAGCAGGGACCAGGAGUGCAGAAUCCACACUGAAUUCCAGCUCAGUAUUCCAAGGAAUGCCUGCUCACAGCUGCCCCACCCUGCCUGUGCCUCAUCUGUCCAGCACAGCCAGAAACUGCCCCCAGAGCAAGCCUGGGGGGUCUGACCCCUCUGCAGGGCCCCUGUGGGGUCAGGCACCCCAAACCCUCCUGGCACAGCCCAGAAUUCCCAAAUCCCGGCAGGGCAGUGCCCAGCCUGCUCCCCUGAUGGCAUCCACACGCUGGGAUCAGCUCUCCAGGGCAGUGCCCAGCCUCAGGGGCAGCUCUGUCCCUGCUGACCCGAGUGACCUCCCAAAGAUGUAGCAGCGUGAGACCGCGACUCUUUUCUUUGUUCCAGUUGUAAACUUGUCUGUUGCAAUUUUCAUCAAAUUCAGUACAUGAUUUCUUCUGGUGUGCCAAUUUCCCUUUUUGUUUCCAGUUUUGAAGUAAGGGAGUGGUUGGGGUGAGGGUCGUAAGCUGGCCAAGGCUACAGGGACCCCCUUGAAGGCCUGAGGGGAUCCCAUACUCCACAGAUAAGGAACACUCCUGGGGCAGCACUUUGGGAUGGAGUGAGGAUGAAGAAAGUGUAGGACUGGUGUAAUUGCACCAGUGUGGAGGGGUAUAAUUUUUGUCAAAUGGGGUUACAUCUUUCCUAAGGGUAGACCUAACAAGUUCAAAGUGGGUCAGGUGUUGGUUGGGAAGUUGAUAUUGAAAUUGGACACAGUACUGAGCUUUGGAGGACCCCAAAAGCUUUAAUUCCUGGGGUUCCUCUGGUGCUCGAGGCAGGGUCCUGGUCCACCCAUCCCAAAUGCCUACUGGACUGGGUUUCUUAUCUGUGUGUGGGAAUUCAUUUGCUGCUCAGGAAUCCCCAGCAGGCACGUUGCCAGCAGGCUGUGCACACUGCCCAUGGCCAGGCAGGGAUUGUCUUGCUGUAAGUCCUGGCCAGCGUGACCCACAUGUUCUGACUGGGCUGAGGGACAGCCCAUGCACCAGCUGAUGGAAAGGUGCUCGAGCAGCACCCAAAAUCCUGUCUGGAGCAGCUGGGGAUUCCCUGCCACCAGGGACAUGGCAGGGUGCUUGGGGUGAGUUGAUCUGCGAGUUUGAAAAAAUGGAUUUUUAGACUUACAUGGCUUUAACAGCCCCUCAUAUCUUCCCAUCUCAUUCCCUCAGUUUUUACUGAGUUGAAAAGGGGAGGGAAAACAAGAGGGGAUAACAGUGCAACAAAUUAAAGAGGGGUAGCAGUAAAACCAACUAAAGUGCAGAACAGUGAGCGAAUGGAACUCAACAGUCCUAUCAUCUUCUGGAGCAGUGCAGAGUCAUCUUGUGUGACAAAUGUCUGCUUUUACAGUCCUUUCCUUCUCUCCUCCUGAGCUUGACCUCGUUUCUGUCUCUGAGGCCAGGAGGAGUGUCUCUGGAUGCUGCUGCACGUGGCAGUUUGAUGUACAGCCUGACAUUGCUGCCUGGAAUCCACCUUGGGCCAGACCCUGUAGAUAUGCAAGCAUAGCCUCUCCCCCAGUAAUUAAUUUAAACGGGCCCCAAAGACGGGGUCUUUGAUCAGCACAGGGGGUUUCUCUGUGAGCUGAGCUCUGUGCAUGUUGGAGAAGUGCCUGACAGUGGGGGGAAUUGGCUCCACUAAUGAAUUAUUAAGAAAAUUGAUGACAUAAAGAGCCUUAUAUAAUCUUUCUACAUUCGGUAGUGUUCCAACUCCCCCGUGCUGCUGGUCAAGGACUCUCGUGAGUGCACAGUGAGCCCUCUCUACAGCAGAUUGCCCUGUUGGUGAGGGGAAUGCCAGUGCUGUGUUUCACCCCCCAUUGAUCUGGAACUGUCUGAAACUUUUGGAGGUGUAAGCAGGACCAUUAUCAGUUUGGAGAAUGCCUAGGGUGGAAAACACUAGGAGGAAAUGUUGGAUGCCAUCUUUUGUCUUUUCUCCUGCAUGGGCUGAUGCAAACACUGCCCCAGAGAACGUAUCUAUGGACACAUGAAUGUAUUUUUGUCUCCCAAAAGGUGCAUCAUGUGUGACAUCUGUUUGCCAAAGCUAAAACUUUCGAGGCCUUGGGGGUUAACCCCAGCCCUCAUGGAGGGAAAAACAAACUUGGCAAUUGGGGCAGGAGCCCACAAUUGCUCUUGCUCGUUCCCUUGGAUUUGAAACAUCCGGACAAGGGCUGGUGCAUUUUGGUGAAAAAACUGAUGGCUCAAUUUAGCCUGAUUAAAAAUGUCUGCUAGGGUGGUCUGCACUGCCAUGGCUAAAA